AGUUCACUCGGUAGAGCUGCAUUUGACUCCCCGUGGGUUUCUUGACAUAUUUUUUCCCUGAUUACUCCCCUAUGCGGAUUUUCUUAAAUUGAUUUAUUGCCCUUUUUUUUUCUCUCUCUCUCACACUUCUGCUUUCGCUUCUCGAGUGCGUGUCAUUUCCCCCCGCAGGAUACGGAGAAGGAAGAGGAAUUCACACCACGGUGCUCUCUCUUCUUCCUUUUUUUAUAGCUUCUUUUCUCUCUUCUUCUUUUUUUCCCCUUUUUGUGUGGAACGCUUAUUUCUGAGCACGCGAACUCCGUAGACACAAUCAACUGUACAAAAUUUUCUAUUUAUGGCUCGCUGUCGUGUUUUUUUUUUUACUUCAAUCUUCAACAAUAAAAAUAACACCUAAAAAAGCGGCACAUUCACGUGACAAGACAAGCGUUCUCGAUCUGGACGUGUUCGCCUGUGCGUAUGUGAAGUUGAAGAUAACAUAUAUCUCCUGUUUUACUGCACCUUUUUUUUUGUUGUUGUUCUUUUGACUAGUGCGUUCUCCAAUUGUGUUUUCUCUUUUUUCGCCUCCCCCUCCUCCGUUUCGCUUCCCUUUCACUUAAGCGGCUCUACUAGUCGUAUUACUUUCUUCUUUUUUUGCUUCUCAGACAAUAGGAGAACCUACGCAAGCUGUGAAGCAUCUCGCCUCGGAGAAGCGAAUUGACGCCCUCAAAAAAACAAACAACAACAGUGACGAAUUAAGGAAGAAAAAGAAAGAAGGAAGGAACACGAAAGAAAGUCUGUCGGCUGCAUUACAUAUUUGCAACUUCGAGAAGUACUCUGGCUUUCUUUUUCUGUCUGACUUUUUUUUCCCUCUGCUUUUUGUGUUUGUCCGUUUCGUGACUUUUCUUUCUGAGUGUAAUGCUCGUGUCAUACUUUCGUCAAACUUCCUUUCUUUUUUCUCCUUGGAUUAUCUCGAAAGAAAAACGAAGUAUUCUUUUUUCCUGGUAGAAACUUCAUUGUUUCACUCCUAUUAUUUUUCUCUAUUUGUCUCAAUCUCCGAUUCGGCGCCAUUUUUCUUCUUACAUCGUUGCUUUUUAUUCUUUCCGUUCGUCUUUGGUGUGUAUGUGUGUGUGUGUGUGUGAUUUUUUUUAUUCCUUUGUCCUCCCUUUUUUUUUCUUCAUACGCGUUUCUACUUCCCUGUUUUUUAGCUAUCUUUUUUUAUCAUCUGUUGAAUGAAUAAUUCGUUAUUAUUAUUAUUUUCUUGAAUUCUCAUCGUUCUCCGUAUUGAUUUUUUUUUUUUUUAGCCCCUCCUUAAAAAGAAAAAAAAACUAUCAACAGCAAAGAAACAAAGAGCGGUCUUUUCUGCUGCCAUUUGUGACCGCGUUGGAGAACGAGUCACCCCUUCUUCUUCUUCUUUUCUUAAAAAUUAUUGUAUGUCGGGUAUUCGAGUUUUUUAAUUCUUUUAGGAUUUCCUUUCCCUUUUCUCUGUUUGCGCUUGACACUCCCAAAGAAAGAAAAAAAGAACGAGACGGAACCUCCCAUACAACGCGGGUUUUUGUUUUGUCUGCGCUAUUUACCUUUUCUCUCCCCCAUCCUGCGAGUGGCUCUCUCUGUCCGAUACCAAAAAGUUUGUUUUUGUUUUGCUAUUGCCUCCGAUUUUUCGUUUACGUGUUUUUAUUUCACCGUAGCGACCAUUAUUACCUUUAUUAUUCAGUAUUCCUUUUGUUAGUACCUUUUUUGUUAUAUAUUCGACUAGACGCUAUUUGAUCUUGGCGUUUUUUUUUCUUCUUCUCCCUGCCUUAUUUGCUCUUUGUUGUCGUCUUAAUACUCUUUUCCUGAGAACGGGCCGAAGUGACAGUAGAAUUAAAAAAAGAAGCAAUAACACAGAAAUGGCGGACUCGUUCACCCGUCAGUCAAAGGGUCACGGGUACGCCCUGCCCGACGCCGCGCCCGGGUUAACCAUCUCCAGCGGCUUCCAGCCCUACGCUGGCUGCUACGUGGGCUCGACGACCAUGUCGGACGCGAGGAUCAUGUCGAUGGCCCCGCCGCCUCCGUCGCCCACCGGCCUCGCCUUCGCGCUGACCGCAAACAACAACUCCUUCUCCUUCUCCUUCUGCGGCUCCGAUGUGCUCGGCGCCGACGAUGUCAUGGGAAGCGACCCCUCUCCGACGCAGCAGCAGCAGCAGCAGCCGUAUGCGAUGCCGCUCAGCCGCAACAGCAGCGGCCGCAGCAGCGCCCAGCCGACCCCGCCGUCGCACAGAGUAUCCGGUGCGGCGCCGAAGCCGGUGUCCCUCUCUGCCGCCAAUUUGGAGCACUUCUACGGCAUCCCCACACCGAGCGCGCCGCACCGGGCUCUCUACGCCACGUCCAACACGAGCAACAGCAGCCGCACCACUUCCUUAGCGACACACCCGUCUACCGGCAGUGGCGCCAGCGCCAGCGGUGGUGGUGGUGGUGGUGGUGGUGACUCCUCCUCGGCCCUGCCGGACGUGCAGAAGGACUUGUUGGCCUUCAGGGCGGCAGAGCAGGAGCAGCAGAAGUUUGUGCUGCAGCAGCGGAACGUGUACAUGUCCGGCCUGCCGGUCGACUUCCGCCCCUCCGCCUUCCGAGCCAUGUGUGAGGUGUUUGGCCACAUCGAAUCUUCGAAGCUGUGCAUGGAGGCCGACGACGUGAACCGCUGCCGCGGCUUCGGCUUUGUGCUCUUCUGUGAUGUGGAGAGCGCCAACUCCUGCAUCGCCUCCCUUAACGGGAAGGUGAUGCAGGGAAAGACACUGCAGGUGCGGCGGGCAGACUUGUCGGCCGCCCCGCAGCCGCUCAACCAGGCCACACAGCGGAACCGCUCCGGCUCCUGCCUGGUCACCCCGCCCGCUCUUCCGCAAAUUGCCCAUCAGCACCACCGCCACAGCGGCAGCAACAACAAUAGCAUCGGCGCGAGCAACGCGAUGCUUGGUCCGGCGGUGCACAGCGGCACGCCUGGCCCGGCGACCACGGGUGGGAAUUUCGUGUUCAACCCGUCCUCCCCCGCAGCGAACGCAAACAACGGCGUGUCCCCCUCCUCCACCUUGUCGGCGCUGCCCUUCAAGUUCGCGACGCCGACAGGGUUGGCCUCUGCGCCGAACAGCAGCAGCGGCUUAAUCCAGCAGAAGGGCUCCGCCAUGGGCUCAUCUUUUAUGUACAACGGCCCCUCUCCCUCGAGCUCGAUGGGCAACUCCUCCACCCCCACGGUGUUGUACCCGGCGAACACGGCGGUGGUGUCCGCCAUGCGAAAUGGGCUGCCGAUUAUGCAGAUGUACGCCCCGUAUCCCCCGCCGGGCUCAGCCAGCAUGCUGCCACUGGCCCAGCAGCAACAGCAACAGCCGCAGCUCGUGUCCCAUCCUUCGAUGAGCCGAAAUGAACUCGUCAACUCGCACGCGGCGACCCCGUCCAGCACAGGCAGCUCCAACAUGAACUUGGGCUUUGUGACGGCGCCGCCGUUGAUGCCACGACAGCUGCCACCAACACCGCCGCAUCCUCAGCAUCAGCAACAGCCGCCACUCAUGCAAUUUCAGCCGCAGCCGCCGAUGCAGCCGCCGAUGCAGGCGCAACGUCCGGGUGCAAACGUCGCCUACUACAGCACCGUGGAUGAUCAAGGUGCUGCGAUGGCACCUGCGAAGAGCAGCUACCCCCACAGCAGUAACAGCGGCUCUGCGAUGCAGCCGUCAAGCGCGUACGCGUCGAACGUGUUGAUGCAGGACUACCUGACGGCUGCUACUGCGCUGGAGCCCAAUGUGUCCACCCCCAACAUUUACUACCUCUACCCUCAAUAG